AUGGCAAAACAUCAAACCACUUCUUUCAAUUUCAGAUCUUCUUGCUCUAUUCUUGUUUUUUUAUCAAUCUUCUCAUCCAUUCCUCUUCUCUAUUGGUCUUAUUCAAUUGGUUAUGGCUAUUGUCAUAAUCAAGUAGAAAAUAACAAAGAAGUGUUAUCAAUGGAACCAAUUAAUCUCCUUAAAUUUCCAAAAGCUUGGAACCAACUUGUCUUUUCAUCAAAACAACAACGUCGUACACCUCAGACAAGACUCCUUAAAAUUGGUCUCUUUGUUAGGAAAUGGCCAGAAAAAAAUCAAGCUGGAGGUAUGGAACGACACGCCUUAACACUCUAUCUUGCCUUAGCUAAACGCGGACAUGACCUUCACAUCUUCACAACUUCUUCAUCCGCGAAUAUUCCAAGUAUCAUGAGUAAUCUCCAUUUUCACAUCUCGAGGCCUAUAGGUUCAGGAUAUCUAAAUCAAGUUGUUGCUUGGAAGCAAUUUUUAGAAGAAAACGCAACAAAGGCCUUUGAUGUUAUACAUUCAGAGAGUGUAGGUCUCAGACUAACAAAAUCAAGUAGUUACCUGAAUAAUGUCGCGGUUAGCUGGCAUGGAAUUGCUUAUGAGACUAUACAUUCUGAUAUCAUACAAGAACUUGUAAGAAAUCCUCUAGAUUCAUCGUCACAACAAGUGAUCAGUGAUGGCAAAAUGAUGAAAGUUGUUGAAGAGGUAAAGUUCUUUCAAUACUAUGCUCAUCAUGUUGCCACGAGUGAUCACGUUGGAGAUGUACUUAAAAGGAUCUAUAUGAUCCCAGAAGAACGCGUUCAUAUCAUCUUAAAUGGAGUAGAUGAGGAAAUUUUUAAACCAGAUGUCUCAAAAGGCAAUGAUUUUCUAUUGAAAUUAGGUAUCAACCAAGAUAGAUCAAGGUCAUCGAUAAUCCUAGGAUUAUCGGGUAGAUUGGUUAAAGAUAAAGGACAUCCAUUAAUGUUUGAAGCCUUACAACAAAUCUUCCUAGAGAACUCGACAUUUAAGGACAGUGUGAUCGUCCUAAUAGCUGGAAAUGGUCCAUGGGGUGAUCGAUACAAAGAGCUAGGACCAAAUGUGAUGGUUUUAGGACCAUUAGAACGUGCUCAAUUGGCAGAGUUUUAUAAUGCAAUAGAUAUAUUUGUACACCCAACUUUACGAGCUCAAGGUUUAGAUCAAGUACCAUUGGAAGCAUUUUUAACAGGUAAGCCAGUGAUGGCGACAAAACUAGCAAGUUUUACUGGUUCUAUUAUUGUCAACGAAGAUAUGGGCUAUACAUUUUCACCUACAGUAAGUGAAUUGAAGAAAGUUUUGUAUCAAGUUUGGGAAGGGGGAAAGAAAAAUUUGGAGAAAAAAGGCGGGUUUGCUAGGGAGAGAGGGUUGAAGAUGUUUACUGCAACGAAAAUGGUUGCUGCGUAUGAGAGACUAUUUCUUUGUAUUUCAGGUAACGAUGAGGAAAAACAACAGAAGAACGAAGAUUAUUGUGUCUAUCAGCCUCAUCAAGAGAUGGAUUGA